AUGGCAGCAUCUUCCUCUUACAUGGCUUGUGCAAAGUUCUCCAUGCUGGGCUGGCUUGGAGGCAGAAGAGAACUGAAAAUGAGACAAGUAAUCUCCGUUUCACCUCAGGAGCAAGCUGAAGUCCAAGAAUCACAAGAAGUGAAUGCGCAAGAAGAAGAGAAAGUGAAGCAACCAGUACAACCAAGACCAGUGGAACCACAAGUGAACGUAAAGAGCAAGAACAUGGGCAGGGAAUAUGGAGGGCAGUGGCUCAGUAGCGUCACACGGCACGUGAGGAUCUAUGCUGCUUACAUUGACCCCGAAACCUGUGAGUUCGAUCAAACUCAGACGGAUAAGCUCACCCUUAUCCUCGAUCCUACAGAUGAGUUCGUUUGGACGGAUGAGACUUGCUACAAGGUUUACUCCUACUUCCAAGAGCUUGUGGAUCACUACGAGGGUGCCCCAUUGACAGAAUACACACUGCGGCUGAUUGGUUCAGAUAUAGAACACUACAUAAGGAAGCUGCUAUAUGAUGGAGAAAUCAAAUACAACAUGAAUGCAAGGGUGUUGAAUUUCAGCAUGGGGAAACCACGCAUUCUAUUUAACAACGAUGGUCAGCUGCAGGAUGUAUAAUCACAAGAUACAGAUAGGGUGGCCAGACAAAUGUAUGAAGUUGUGACUUGGUAUGUUUGAAUACAGUUUCUUCCUCA